UAUUGAGCUAUUAUACAGAAACGAAAGUGAAACUUACUUCUAUUACGAGCUCUGGGCUGCUAAUGUUUUGAACAAGUUCUGGAACAAGUGUGAACGCUCAGGCAUGGCUUGUUCCAGUGGCGUUGUGUCUGAAGAGCAGUUGCUGUGUUGUAUCUGUCUGGAUGUGUUUACUGAUCCAGUCUCUACUCCAUGUGGACACAACUUCUGCAAAAAAUGCCUUGGAGGAUAUUGGGACAGCAGCGACCACUGGCACUGUCCACUGUGUAACAAGAGUUUUGAGAACAGGCCAGAUCUCUCGGUCAACACUUUCAUCUCUGAAACAGCUGCUCAGUUUAGAAAAUCAGCUGAGCUCAAUGCCAGCAGCUCUGCAGAGGACAGUCCCUCCAAACUAACCAAAGUCCUGUGUGAUGCUUGUACUGGUGUCAAAAAGAAGGCUGUGAAGUCUUGUCUUAAUUGUGGAGCAUCAUACUGUGGGACUCAUCUAGAGCCACAUAAGAACAUUCAGAUUCUCCAGAAACACACACUUACUGACCCAGUGGAGAACCUGCAGGACUACAUAUGCAAGAAGCAUGAGAGACCCCUGGAGCUGUUCUGCAGAGAUGACCAGACAUGUGUGUGUCUUUUCUGCACUGAAGGAGAGCACAAGACUCACAACACUGUCCCUAUAGAAGAGGCGAGUGGUGAAUUGGAGGCUCAGAGGAAGAAAAUCCAGACACAAGUGCAGAAAAUGAUUCAGGACAGAUUGGACAAGACGGAAGAGAUCAAACAUUCACUGGAGCUCAGCAAAAAAAGCACAGAUGAUAAAACUGCAAGUGGUGUUGAACUCUUCACUGCUCUGAUGCGCUCCAUUGAGAGAAGCCAGGCUGAGCUGCUUGAGGUGAUGGAGGAGAAGCAGAAAGCAGCAGAGAGGCAGGCUGAAGACCUCAUUAAAGAGCUGGAACAGGAAAUCACUGAACUACAGAAGAAAGAUACGGAGCUGGACCAACUCUCAAAUGUAAAAGAUCAUCUCCAAAAACUUCAGAUUUACCCAUCACUGUGCAGACCUCCACACACCAAGAACUGGACUCACAUCAGGCUCAACACUCAUUCCAGUGAGGAGAUACUGGGGAGAUCACUUUCACAGCUUCAGACAACCUUCAAUGAUGAAAUGGAUAAAGAAAUACAGAAAUUAAAGCUGAGGCGUCAACAGAAGGAAGCAGACUGGAGAGGGGUGCUUCUAAUAAUGCUUCCAUUAGUUUUCCUUCUUGUAUUACAAUCAUACAACUUGUGGCUCCUGUUCUAUGCAGUGGAUGUGACUCUGGAUCCUGAUACAGCAAACAACUACCUCAUCGUGUCUGCUGAUGGAAAACAAGUGAGAUAUUCAGGCACUUGGCUAAAUGUCCCAUACAAGCUUGAAAGAUUUAGAAGUGAUCCCUAUGUCUUAGCAAGAGAGGGUUUCUCCUCAGGAAGAUUUUACUAUGAGGUGCAGGUCAGUGGGAAGACUGACUGGGAUGUAGGAGUGUCCAGAGAGUCCAUUGAGAGGUGGUGGCAGGUUUAUCCUGAUGCUAAAGAUGGUACGUGGUCUGUGCUCCUAAGGAAUGGCAAUAAGUAUUAUGCUUGUGCUGGUUCUUGUGUGAUCCUUUCUCUGAAACAGAAGCCCCAGAAGGUGGGGGUGUUUGUGGAUUAUGAGGAGGGUCUGGUCUCCUUUUAUGAUGUGGAGGUCUCAGGCCGCAGGUCUCCUAUCUACUCUUUCACUGGUCAGUCUUUCACUAAGACACUUUAUCCAUUCUUUUGCACAGGUUUGGCUUCUGGAUCUAAAAACUCAGCUCCACUCAUCAUCUCUCAUGUAUAUAAAGGCCUGGCUACACUGAGGCAGUUUUUCAACAAUUAUUUGUCCAGUUGCCCAGUCAUGGCUUCAGUCAGUGAUUUCCUGUCUGAGGAUCAGUUCCUGUGUUCUAUCUGUCUGGAUAUAUUAACUGAUCCAGUCUCCACUCCAUGUGGACACAACUUCUGCAAGACCUGCCUCACAGAACACUGGAGAAACAGUCAACACUGGCAUUGUCCGUUCUGUAAUGAGAAAUUUGUAGACCCUAAAUUCAAGCUGAACACAACACUGAGAGAAGCUGUGGAUCACUUCAAAAGGAGUGGCCUGGAUAACCCUGAGGUUCUUUGUGAUGUUUGCAUUGGAGUCAAGCUGAAGGCCCUUAAAUCCUGCCUGAUGUGUUUGACGUCUUACUGUAAGACCCACCUUUACCCUCAUGAGCGAGUCCCAGCCUUAAAGAAACACAAGCUAAUAAACCCAGUGAAGAACCUGGGGGACUACAUAUGCCAGAAGCAUGAGAGACCCCUGGAAAUGUUAUGUAGAGUUGAUCAGAAGUAUGUGUGUGAUUUCUGUACUAACACAGACCACAAGACACACAACACUGUUCCGAUAGAGGAAGAGAGCAGGAAGACAAAGACACAGCUGGGGCAGAUGCAGGCCAAAGUGCAGUGGAUGAUCCAUGAACGACUGAAGAAGCUUCAAAAGAUUAAACACUCAGUAGAGCUCAGCAAAAGAAACACAGAGAAAGAGAAAGCAGACAGUGUUGAACUCUUCACUGCUCUGAUCUGCUCCAUUGAGAGACGCCAGGCUGAGCUGCUUGAGGUGAUGGAGGAGAAGCAGAAAGCAGCAGAGAGGCAGGCUGAAGACCUCAUUAAAGAGCUGGAGCAGGAAAUCACUGAGCUGAAGAGGAGAGACACUGAGGUGGAGCAGCUCUCCCACACUGAGGACCACCUCCACCUCCUACAGAUUUACCCAUCACUGUGCAGACCUCCACACACCAAGAACUGGACUGACAUCAAUGUUGAACCCCUUAGGAGCAUAGAGACUGUGAGGAAAGCUCUGUCUGAACUUCAGAAGAGUCUGAAUGAGAAGCUGUAUGAAGCUGUUUUUAGAGAAUUGAAGAGGUCUAAUGAGUAUGCAGUGAAUGUGAUGCUGGAUCCUGAUACAGCUCAUCCCAAUCUCAUCCUGUCUGAUGAUGGAAAACAAGUGAGACACACAUGCAGACAACAAAAUCGACCUGAUGACUCACAAAGAUUUGAUACAUGCUUUAAUGUCCUGGGAAAGGAGGGAUUCUUUUCAGACAGAUUUUACUAUGAGGUGCAGGUCAGGGACAAAACUGAUUGGGUUUUAGGAGUGUCCAGAGAGUCCGUUAACAGGAAGGGAAUGAUUACACUGAGCCCUGAGAAUGGGUUCUGGACUGUGUCUUUGAGAAAAGGCAAUAAAUAUGAUGCUAAUGAUAUUACUCUGGUUCCCCUCUACCUGAGAGAGAAGCUCCAGAAGGUGGGGGUGUUUGUGGAUUAUGAGGAGGGUCUGGUUUCUUUUUAUAAUGUGGAGUCCAGAUCUCAUAUCUACUCUUUCACUGGUCAGUCCUUCACUGAGAAACUCUAUCCAUUUUUCAGCCCUGGUAAUAAUGAUGGAGGUAAAAACUCAGCUCCACUGAUCAUUUCAUUCGUGUCUAAGAAAUCAUAAAGCAGUUCAACCUUGAGGAGUUAAAAUAUGUUUGCAAUGGAAAGAUGUGAGAAAAUUAAAUUUUAAACUAGAAGCCAACCCUAAAUUUUCGAUGUAGGAAACAUUUUUAUCACAUAUUACUUAUUGCCUUAUAAGGAAUUGUAUAGACACUUAAAAGAUAGAAGAUUCAGCAACUCAGCUGCCAGAAAAAAAUGCUACAAUAUAGAAUUAAUUUCCAGUUCAGAAUUUUCUACUUAUUUGUGAGACUGUCAGACACAGUAGAAGUACAUAAUCACAAAUGUGUCUGUAAGUGUUUUCUCAGUGCUACAU